AAGGCCGAUGGAUGACCUUGUCGACUUUGCCGGUUAGAUGAAUACCCUGUCAAAUCCGCCGGCUCCAGUAGUUUGAUCAUUACAUUACUCCUUUUUUUUUUCUUUCCGCCGGGACGUCACGAAAAGGGGAAAAGAGAGUAAAUUAGGACGGAUAGAGGAACGCUACGUAACGAACAAAGGCCCAACGAGCACUGAUGCUUUCCUUUGCCUCCCUUCUAGCUCCAAUUCGCAUCUUGCUAUGCGAAAUCGCAAUCCUUAACCGUUCUUUGCAGCCCAAAUCCAAACAAGGCAUUAAGCCGAAAGGCAGGGAUAUAAGAAGGGAUAUAAGAAGGGAAAAGAUGAUAGCGCGAUCCAAUUUAGCAGACCUGUUAAGGGAGUAUCAGAUUCGAUCUAAGCACGAUUGGGCCGCUGUUUCGUUUUUCGCGUCAACCUCCAACCCCACAUCUUCUAGGGUGGAUGUGGCCUUCGUUAUCUUAGCUUUUCUGGUUCUUUCAGCCGUUUCUUUAUAUUUUAGGCACAUGCACCUUGCCUUUAUCCUAGCAGGCAUCGUGAUGCUACUGUUCCUCUGCAUAAAAAUCACAAAACAAGCGAGAUUGGCCAAUAACAAGAAAAGAAGGAUGCUGCUUCCAUUAUCUAUGUAGAACUGCAUGAUCUUGAAUUUGUUAAAAAGGAGCUGACAAACGAGUUAGAUUUGAUAUGAUGACCUCCGAAGUCUUAAUCAUGGCAAGCCCAGCGAUUUGAGAUUGGACAGUUGGGUGUUGUAGUUAAACUGUUGGCAGUUGAGUUCAAGCAUGGUGUUUUCCUCACCGGGAAUGGCGCGAACAACAUUCGCCCAACUUUGUAAUUUGCUUCGAUUUGAUUGUAGUUUAAAAGAUAGCAGAGGGAAGAAAUCAGUGGUGACUUGUGAGUCAUUGCAGUAGUUUUGCAUGUUGAUGUAUCCCUAAAGUUGAUUUGCAACA